GUCACCGGAACUGACAGUACUAGCAUUACUCAACUGUUUUUAAUUCACAGUUCCACCACAUCUCCUUGGUGUUUGAUUUCACGUCCCGUAGACCAUGUUGCUGUGACUCGGGCCGAAAAGGCCAAGCGAGAAUCAUGACAGGAACCUGCCUUCCCUCCUGUCCACACUUGCCAAAUAUAUACCCUCCUAAAGUAAAUAUAAUCCUGUCUGUGUCCACGUGGAAAAGGCCACUACCUGCUCAGCAGCAGAGCACCCCUACACUUGGUGUUCUGCUCGGCUCCCGAGAGACUCUUUCGGUCUGAGCUCUGUUGAACUUGAUCUGAGUUUGCACAGCCAUGGGGGACUGGAACCUGCUGGGAAAGCUUUUGGAAAAAGCCCAGGAGCACUCUACUGUGGUGGGAAAGGUGUGGCUCACUGUCUUGUUCAUCUUCCGCAUCCUGAUCCUGAGUGCUGCAACAGAGAAGGUGUGGGGUGACGAGCAAUCAGGCUUUACCUGCGACACCAAGCAGCCCGGUUGCGAGAACGUCUGCUAUGACAUCACUUUCCCCAUCUCCCACGUCCGAUUCUGGGUGCUGCAGAUCAUCUUUGUGUCCACGCCUACGUUGAUUUACCUUGGACACAUUCUUCAUUUGGUGCGGAUGGAGGAUAAGCAGAAAGAGAAGGAGAGGGAACAGGCACUUCAUUCAGACAAGCAGGCCCUUAUUGUGAAUACUAAGCACAAAAAGCCCCUGGUGAGGGACAAUAAGGGCAGGGUACGCUUACAGGGGGAGCUCUUGCGGACUUAUGUCUUUAAUGUGAUCUUUAAAACCUUGUUUGAAGUAGGCUUCAUUGUAGCUCAGUACUUCUUAUACGGUUUUGAGCUGAAGCCCAUGUACACAUGUGACAGGCCACCCUGCCCCAAUGUGGUAAACUGCUACAUAUCCCGUCCCACAGAGAAAACCAUUUUUAUCAUCUUCAUGCUGGGAGUGGCCAGCUUGUCUCUGUUCCUAAACCUCAUAGAGAUCUACCACCUUGGCUUCACCAAGUGCCGACAGGGCCUCACAUUCAGGAGACGUGGCCGUGCUCUUGAGGGUAUUCCCAAGGAACCCAGUGAGGCCUCGGUGCCGUUUGCGCCGAGUUAUGAUGACUACUUCCAUGGGCACCACCAAGUCCAGCCGACCUACCCGCCUGUGCCCAGCUACAACCUCUCUCCUCUGUCUGAAGGCACAGACUCGUCCUUCCAUCCUUACCACAGCAAGGCAGCCUACAAACAGAAUAAGGACAACUUGGCGGUAGAAAGGAGCAGCAGCAAGCCAGAGGAAUGUGACCUGAAAGGGAAGAAGGGAACAGGAUCAGCCCCUGGGUCACCUACGCAGGCCAGGCCUGGCCGCAGUGCCAAACACAGCAACAACAAGACUAGAAUAGAUGAUCUGAAGAUAUGAGGAGGUUUAUGUUUCUGUGAGGGGUCUUAAAUUGCUAUAAGGGGAUCGUAGGUUGUUUGAAAGCAUUCAUACAUGCUGAACUGACUCACCUCUUUCAGAUAGCACAGGUUUGACUCAUUCCAACAUAAAAGGGAGUGGCAAUUCUAGGACAUGCAGAGAAGAUGCAGUUGUACAGUAACAUGUUAAGACUGAUGGUGGUGAUUCAGUGAUCACAUUUCUAAUGAAUUUUGUUCUCUUCAAGGUGUCCCAUAGCUUAUUUCUUCUGCUUUUGAAAAAUUUCAUUGGAUGUCACAUUAGUCUGUAGCAUCAUUAAUAUGCAGUACACCAUUUGUGGUCUGUGUUGUUUAGUAUUGGUUUGUUUGUUUGUUUGUUUUUUUAAUUGAUUUGGUUAUGAUGGUAUGAAUCUUUCCACUAUUCACUAUUAUCACUGAAAAUCCCAACAAAAAGUACUGUUUGCUCAGGUUUUCUAUGCAAUAUGUUGUUUUUUUCCUUUUCUCAAUGAGUGAUUAAUUUGAAUAAACUGGAAGAAAAAAAAAACUCAAAGAAAAAAACCAUGUAUAAAAUUGUCCAAACUUUGGGAACAGAAACCAGGGUACAACUCGCCUGACCUCGUUUUAGGCAACCAGCUAAGGCAAAUUGUUGAAUUUAACUGCUUUAGGUCACCAUCUAGCAUAGUUCACUUGCAUAGACUCGAAGUGAAAAGCUGUGCAAUACCUGACAGAGCAUCGGACUCUGGAAAUGCUGUACGUAAUUCCAGGAUGCGCCUCAAAAGAAACAGCAUUGGUCUCAGGAGUUCCCUCAUUUGUACUCUCUUGUUAUUGUGACAGCCAGCAAGCACAUAAUUAUAAUCACAUUGUUUUGUUUGUCCCUGUUUAUGUUUGUGUCAUUUGUUUUCUGUGAAGCACUUGGUGACAACCAUAUUUGUAAAUCUGCUCGAAAUAAAUCUGUCUUAAAUUUGCAAAGUUAGCAGUGCAUUUGUAAUCUCAAGUCUUUAUCAGAGAAGAGGGGGAGGCCUUUCGCUGGGACACAUGUUGCAGCUGUUAUUUCAUAUUCGUGAGACAAAUAAAUCAAGAUCAGCCAAGAAUUAAGGAGGAAUGAUAAUGCUGGUCAUGCUCAGCGUGUAUGUGCAGUAGCUCUGACGCACAGACACAUAUCUACACACAAACAGGUCAGCCUGUUAAAACCCAACAUGCUCGAGCGAGAAUAAACAUGUCAUGUGUAAAGUCUCUGCUGUCUGCAUACCCUGCACAUGCACAGCUCACACUCACUGGAGCCAGGAAAGCACAGCACACAGGCACCCCUCGUAUGGAAACCUUGAAAUUAAUGACAUAGCCUGUUCAUGACAAGGAAGAUGUCUCAUGCCUUUGGACUGGUUCGUGUUCAUGACUUUAUGUCAGUGCUGGAUGUGUCAAAGGAUGAACAAAUAGACUUCUUACUUAAAUGUAUUAAAAACAAGAGUACAAUGUCUGAAACUGUGUUGAGAUAUGACCGAGUGUAG